GUGGGGAUGCUGCAGAUUGGGGAGGAUGUGGACUACCUGCUCAUCCCCCGGGAGGUCCGGCUGGCCGGGGGCGUCUGGAGGGUCAUCUCCAAGCCCGCCACCAAGGAGGCGGAAUUUCGGGAGCGGCUGACCCAGUUUCUGGAGGAAGAAGGCCGCACCCUGGAGGACGUGGCCCGCAUCAUUGAGAAGAACACCCCGCACCCACCCCAGCCCCCCAAAAAACCCAAGGAGCCCCGAGUGAGGAGGAGAGUCCAGCAGAUGGUGACCCCUCCUCCCCGGCUUGUCGUGGGCACCUACGACAGCAGUAACGCCAGCGACAGCGAGUUUAGCGACUUCGAGACCUCCAGAGACAAGGGUGACAAGGGCCCCAAAGGCCCCAGGCGCCGCAGAAGGGUGCGCAGAAUGCCGGUCAGUUACCUGGGCAGCAAAUUCCUCGGGAGCGACCUGGAGAGCGAGGACGACCAGGAGCUGGUGGAGGCCUUCCUCCGGCGCGGGGAGAAACCCAGCGCCCCACCCCCGCGGCGCCGAGUCACCCUGCCCGUGCCCAUGUUUGACGACAGCCCCGGGCCCCAGCUGUCCAAGGCGGACAGGUGGCGGGAGUAUGUCAGCCAGGUGUCCUGGGGGAAGCUGAAGCGCAGGGUGAGGGGCUGGGCGCCGAGGUCCAGCCCCGGAUUGAGCGAGGCCCAGCAGGCCUCACCCCGCGUGGAGAGGGAGGGGGCCUCGGUGCCAGGCGGCGCCCAUCCUGUGGGGGAUGCAGGAGACCCACGGGUGCCUGAGACCCCCCCAAGACGCUGGAGGCCCAAGAUCAACUGGGCCUCCUUCCGGCGGCGCAGGAGGGAGGAAGCAGCGUCCACAGCUCAGGCGGCAGAGGCUGCCGAUGAUCAGAGGGCGGAGGCCGCAGAUAAUCAGAGGGCACGGGCUGCAGAUGAUCAGAGGGCGGAGGCCGCAGAUAAUCAGAGGGCACGGGCUGCCGAUGAUCAGAGGGCAGAGGCUGCAGAUAAUCAGAGGGCACAGGCUGCUGAUGAUCAGAGGGUAGGGGCUGCCGAUAAUCAGAGGGCACGGGCUGAGGAUGAUCAGGUGGUGCAGGCUGCAGAUGAUCAGAGGGUGGAAGCUGCAGCUAAUCAGAGAGAGGAGGCUACAGAUGAUCAGAGGGUGGAGGCUGCAGAUGAUCAGAGGAAGGAGGCUGCAGCUAACCAGAGGGCAGAGGCCAGGGCUCUCCAGGGCGCAGAGGCUAUGGAUAAUCAGGGGGCAGAGGCCCCAGCUGUCCAGAGGUCAGAGGUUGUGGAUAAUCAGGGGGCAGGGGCCCCAGCUGUCCAGAGGUCAGAGGUUGUGGAUAAUCAGAGGGCAGGGGCUCCAGCUAUCCAGGGAGCAGAGGUUGUGGAUAAUCAGAGGGCAGGGGCCCCAGCUGUCCAGGGAGCAGAGGCUGCAGGUGAUGAGGCAGAGGCCCCGGCUGUCCAGGAAGCUGAGGCCUCAGCUGCCCGGGGGUCCACAGGGACAACCCCAGGAACUAGGACCCGGAAACAGGUGAAGACGGUGAGGUUCCAGACCCCUGGACGCUUUUCGUGGUUCCGAAAGCGCCGGAGAGCCCUCUGGCACACUCCGCGGUUGCCAGCCCUGCCCAAGAGAGUCCCCAGGGCAGGCGAGGCCAGGCACCUCAGGGUGCUGAGGGCCGAGGCCAGGGCAGAAGCGGGGCAGGGAGAGCAAGAGGACCAGCUGUGAGGUGGGGGCGGGGGGCCGCGGAACACCCCGCCACCUGCCACGUUGUCGGCCACUCAGGGCGCGUCCCUCGCUCUCUCCUCCUUGGACGGGGAGGCCCUGUCUGCCUCCGCACUUGAAGAUGGAGGUGGGGGCGGCGGCAGACAGCGCCCUCACAUCUCCACCCAACCCCCCUCUUUGUUUUCUUGUUAAGGUUUUCACUUUCAUGCGUUGAUUUUUUAAAUACAGACUCUUGUAGGAACCCAAGGAACGUAAAGAAAGGCCCCAUACAGUGGGGUGGCAUCACCCAUGUUGUUAACUUCCUCAAGUGCAACCCUAGGUGCUCAGCUUGCGAAGGGGGGCGGGGCGGGGAGAAAGGCGCCUUGAACUUGGUGCAAGCCAAUUUGCAAAUAAAAACAUUUCCAAACUCA